GUUUGGGAGAAGAACGAUGUUAGCGAUGUCUUUUCGUAGACUUGUACCUGUGGGUUGGGGAGCGGGCUGGACACCUUUGGCGAUCUUGCGGCAGAUCGGCUCCUUGCCAAUACAGUCAUUCCCUAAAGAGGUAAAGAUUGUGGAAGUUGGACCCAGGGAUGGACUGCAAAAUGAAAAAACAGUUGUCCCAACUGAUGUGAAAAUCCAUCUCAUUAACAUGUUAUCUGAAGCAGGGCUCCAAGCUAUAGAGGCCACCAGCUUUGUCUCUCCUAAAUGGGUGCCACAGAUGGCCGAUCAUAAAAAUGUAAUGCAAGGAAUAAAAAAGUAUCCAAAUAUCAGCUACCCAGUCCUUACUCCAAAUCUAACUGGAUUUCAAGCUGCGGUUGAAUGUGGUGCAAAGGAAGUAGCCAUAUUUGGAGCAGCAUCAGAGCUCUUUAGCAAGAAGAAUAUUAACUGUUCUAUAGAUGAAAGUUUGCAAAGAUUCAAGGCUGUUAUUACAGAGGCUAAGGAAGCAAACAUCCCAGUGCGAGGGUAUGUUUCAUGUGUACUUGGAUGCCCAUAUGAAGGAAAGGUAGCUCCUAGUAAAGUAGCUGAAGUGGCAUACAAGAUGUUUUCCAUGGGCUGCUAUGAGAUCUCUUUGGGUGACACAAUUGGAGUUGGAACUCCUGGUGGUAUGAGGGACAUGCUGAGCGCUGUACUAGAUGUUGUUCCAGCCAAAGCUCUGGCUGUCCAUUGCCAUGACACAUAUGGACAGGCAUUGGCAAAUAUACUUGUUGCACUUCAGAUGGGAGUGCAAGUGGUUGAUGCUUCAGUUGCAGGUUUGGGAGGAUGCCCAUAUGCUCAGGGAGCUUCAGGCAAUGUGGCAACUGAAGAUGUAGUGUAUAUGUUGCAUGGUCUUGGAAUUCAAACUGGUAUUGACCUAAAGAAGCUUACAGAAGCCGGAGCUUUUAUCUGCAAAGCACUGGGAAAGAAGAGCAACUCAAAAGUGUCUCAAGCAAUAUGCAAGCUUUGAUCAGCAACACACACAUUCAGAUUUUAGAAAGACAUCUUUUUGAAAUAUUAUAUUAACCAUGGGGUAACCCAGCUGACUACAGGAGCUGAAAUUCAAAAGAAGCUGGUUGUGGAUCAACAAAUGGGCCAGCUGCAGUUAUUCUGAGUACUUUACCUAUGAUUGUAUCAAGAAUAUUUUCUUACAGUGUUCUGUAAUAAUUUUCUUGUGCACUUUUGAAACAUUGUAUAUAAAUUAAUGUAAUGGGAACCUAUUACUUUAAAUAAUUAUAUAAAUAUUCUAUUUUUUUAUUAAUACUAACCGAAAGCAUCCCAUUCAUGAUUUGUUUGUUUUUUGGAGAAAUGGGUAGAAAAUUAAUCUAACUUGUCAUAUGAUAUGCAUCUCCCAUCACAGAAAGAUUGGAGAACCAUAUCACAAUUUAGCUGUAGUGCGGUCUGUACAGUGUUUAUUGUACAUAGUGGAUAUUGCGUUUAAAAAA